GGGACGAUGACUCUGGAGUCCAUGAUGGCGUGUUGCCUGAGCGACGAGGUGAAGGAGUCGAAGCGCAUCAACGCCGAGAUCGAGAAGCAGCUGCGGCGGGACAAGCGCGACGCCCGGCGCGAGCUCAAGCUUCUGCUGCUGGGCACGGGCGAGAGCGGCAAGAGCACCUUCAUCAAGCAGAUGCGCAUCAUCCACGGCGCUGGCUACUCGGAGGAGGACAAGCGGGGCUUCACCAAGCUGGUGUACCAGAACAUCUUCACCGCCAUGCAGGCCAUGAUCCGCGCCAUGGAGACGCUCAAGAUCCUCUACAAGUACGAGCAGAACCAGGCCAACGCCCUCCUGAUCCGGGAGGUGGACGUGGAGAAGGUGACGACGUUUGAGCAGCAGUACGUGGAGGCCAUCAAGACGCUGUGGGGGGACCCGGGCAUCCAGGAGUGCUACGACCGCAGGAGGGAGUUCCAGCUCUCGGACUCGGCCAAGUACUACCUGACUGACGUGGACCGCAUCGCCACCUCUGGCUACCUGCCCACCCAGCAGGACGUGCUGCGGGUCCGUGUGCCCACCACUGGCAUCAUCGAGUACCCCUUCGACCUGGAGAACAUCAUCUUCAGGAUGGUGGACGUCGGGGGACAGAGGUCCGAGCGCAGGAAGUGGAUCCACUGCUUCGAGAACGUGACGUCCAUCAUGUUCCUCGUGGCGCUCAGCGAGUACGACCAGGUCCUGGUGGAGUCCGACAACGAGAACCGCAUGGAGGAGAGCAAGGCGCUGUUCCGCACCAUCAUCACCUACCCCUGGUUCCAGAACUCGUCCGUCAUCCUCUUCCUCAACAAGAAGGACCUGCUGGAGGACAAGAUCCUCUGCUCCCACCUGGUGGACUACUUCCCCGAGUUCGACGGGCCGCAGCGGGACGCGCAGGCCGCCCGGGAGUUCAUCCUGAAGAUGUUCGUGGACCUGAACCCCGACAGCGACAAGAUCAUCUACUCGCACUUCACCUGCGCCACGGACACGGAGAACAUCCGCUUCGUGUUCGCGGCCGUCAAGGACACCAUCCUGCAGCUGAACCUCAAGGAGUACAACCUGGUGUGAGCCGGCCGCCGGCCAGGACGCCCCACUCCUCCCGCUCCCUCGCGCCCUCCAGGGCCACGCAGCCUCUUUCUGGCCUUGAUCUGUGGCUCGUUUUUUUUCUAAAAAAAAGAAAAGAGAAGAUUAAACAGAAAACAGAUCGCAGGCCGGUGGCCAAGAGCCGGCCCUGGGCCCUCGCCGCCCGCGGCCCUGGGCUCCCACCGGGAGGUGUGGGGUCCUGGGCCGUGGCCCGUUACCACUUCUCUAAGUUAUUGACGUCCUCGCGGCCUGCGCUGUAAUUUGCUCCUGGACUCCAAGAAGUGGGGGUGUGCACCCGCCGCCCGCCCCGGAAGUGCCUCACCUGUACACGUGCAGACACGUCUGUGCGGUCUUUUUGUUCUUUUUUUGUUUUUUGAGGAAAAGAAAAAAAACAGCUCACGGGGCCCCAGGUCGGAGGAGACCCCACGUGCCUGGUGCCGUCGGCCCCACCUGCCGGGCGGGGGACUCGGGUGCCUGUCCUGCGGGCAGUGGGGUGGUGCUGGGGGCAUCGGGGACAGGGAGCCUGCUCCGGGUCCUGUGGCUUCAUUUUGCUCCAUUUUUUGUGGUCACGGUUUGGAAAGUGAGGGCAGAGUGGGGACUUCUUCAGAAUCUUCUCAGGUCUGUCCCCGAGAAGCAGAGAGGAAAGGUGGGGAUCACUGUUGGUGGCCAUGUGCGUGACCGACCCUGUGCAAUCCUCAGCCGCCCCUGCACCUAGCCAGACGCAGGAGGGUAGUCCCCAGGCCCCAGCCCUUGUCCUGGGCCUGGUCCCUGAGACAGGCGGAGCAGGGGCUGUGCUCAGGGUGGAAGUGGCCGUCCCUCUGUUGUCACGGUGUCGUCCUGGCACCCUGCCGGGACCCUUGGAGGCUGCUGCUUUGGUGCUGGGAGAGGGCACAGGAGCAAGCCAGCCGUGAGCCGCCUGUGCCCGCAGCCCGCCGCAGUUCUGGGGAGGGCUGAGGGGGCUGUGGAAGUGGGUGUCCCUGGCUGUGGCCUGUGGGGCCCGCCGCAUCCUAGGGCACAGUGUCCCUGCCUUGGCGGGUCCAUCCCUGGGCUGCGUAUGCCUAGAAGGGUUUGUGCCAUGGGCCCUGGCGGUGGGACUGGGCCCUGGUCCUUGCAGAGGGGCAUCCUGGCCUCACAGAAGGGAAGAGGACUUGGGCUCUGUCAGUGGCCCGAGGGCAGGGUCCCUCCCGUGGGGCCUGGGCGCCUCUGCCAGCCAAGUAUUGACCCCUCGCAGAGGGGCAGCGUGCCAAGUGUUCCCGGGCCGCCUGAGGCCACAGCCAAAGCCCGCGGCCCGGCCAGGCCCCGGUGCCCGCAGGACCAAGGCAGGAGCUCCUGCGCCAGCACCCCCCGGGCAGGACCGGGCAGCAACCUCGGGCCAUGGGGGUGGGCCACGCCUGAUGUGCCCCCGGCAGCUGGGCUGCGAGGUGACCCUGGUGUCCCCCCCAUAAACUGUCGUCAGCAGCCCCAACGGGAGCCUUGGCCUGGGCACUGUCCCCCAGGUGCCCUCUGCCAGGCCCCAGCUGUGGAGUCUGAGGCAGUGGCCGGCUGCUGGCCACCACCCAGGACCUGCGCACAGCGGAGCCCUGACCCCAGACCACGUGGGCCCCGACCUGUUUAAAGAGUAUUCUGUAAAGUGCUGUUUUUAAGCCCUUUGUCAUUCCAAGUGCAUGUAUUGGGCGAGCUGGGGACAGAGUGGGGAGCCGGGCGCUCCGGGCUCCAUGCCAACCUCGGGCUGGGCAAGGGGCCGGGGUCCCUGCAGCAGGUCGGGGCCUGACCCCUUACUCCCCAGGUUCCUGAUGGAAAUCGACUUUUCAUAUCUUUCUCUGAAGCGAAUUGUUUUAAUUGAAAUAAACCCUGUUCCUACACAC